UUUGCCUGAAAACAGUAAAUGUGAAAGUGCUUGGGGACUGGGUGGGACUGUUCGUAACUAGUUAGAAAAGAGCCAGUCGAUCUUUAUUGGAAUAUAUAUAAUAACUGAAUUUUAUAGCUUAUCUGUGUACUUCUUGAACAAAUGGAGCGCUGGAAAGGCAGAGUAGCCCUGGUGACCGGGGCUUCGGUCGGAAUCGGAGCGGCUGUAGCCCGGGAGCUCGUGCAACACGGCAUGAAGGUGGUUGGCUGUGCCAGGAGCGUGGAAAAAAUUGAGAAACUGGCAGCGGAGUGUCAGAGUGCAGGAUUCCCAGGCACCCUGUUCCCCUACAAAUGUGAUCUCUCCAUUGAAGAGGAGAUCUUGUCCAUGUUCUCUGCUAUCAAGACUCUUCACCAGGGUGUAGACGUGUGCAUCAACAAUGCUGGCUUGGCCUGUGCAGAGUCGUUGUUGAGUGGCAAGACUGAAGGUUGGAGGACAAUGAUUGAUAUAAACAUCCUUGCCUUGUCGAUAUGCACACGUGAGGCCUACCAGUCAAUGAAGGAGAGGAACAUAGACGAUGGCCACAUUAUCAACAUUAACAGCAUGUGUGGACACAGGGUAGUGCCAAAUGCCGACGUGCACUUCUACACAGCUACCAAGUAUGCAGUGACUGCGCUGACUGAGGCCCUUAGGCAGGAGCUGCGCGAGGCCAAGACUCACAUCAGGGCCACGUGUAUCUCACCUGGCUUGGUGGAGACUGAGUUUGCUUUUAGGCUUUAUGACAGGACCCCAGAGAAGGCAGCUGCUGCAUACGAGAGUAUAAAGUGUUUAAAGGUGCAAGAUAUAGCCAGCGCAGUCACAUAUGUCCUCAGUGCCCCCCCUCAUGUGCAGGUUGGAGAUAUUCAAAUGAGACCCGUAGAGCAAGUGUCCUAGUAGGUGAUCAACUGUCAAAAGCUGCAUCAGUCAAGUCUGCAUCGUCUGUGGCUGUUUAAUAUCCUGCUGGCACUUCUAGAGAUAAUUUGGUUUUGGAAUGCUUGGGGGUGAGGAAUUGCUGUAACAUAAGAAGUACAUAUGAUCUAUGAAAGAAUGAAUUUUAACAAGUCAUUCAGAGUGCAGUGGGAAUGUGUGCACGGAUGAAUGUGUUUCUUCAGACUUUUCAUGAAUAAUAUCAGCAAAGCUUCCUUGUCCGUACGGUCACUUCUUGGCCACACAAUGUACAAUCAGUCGCAUGGUGGUGGGAUUUCUACAAAAAUCUUUUUAACCCGAUAUGUGUAAAUGUCCCAGCUUUUACCAUGUUGUUCCAAUGAAACUUGAAUUUUUAUGCGGUAACCUUGUUACACUUGAUCACAUUUAGGGGGAAGAAAAUCACCAGUUAAUCACUAAAAUUACUGCUCCUGUUACGUAAUUCAACACUGAUACCUGUUCCCAAUAGAUACAGUUUGUUUUCUUUGUUUAAAUGGUUUCCAUUUUUUCUGCAUAUGUCAUUUUGUGCAGUUUGGUAUAUAAAUGCAAAAAUGAUUUACAGUUUAGGGGCAAAAUGAGGUUGGUUUUUUUAAAUGUGAUUUAAAUAGGACGUUUCUCAUAAAGCUAAACAUUUGACAACAUGGCCUGGGAGCUCUGAUGAAAAUAGAAAAGAGUGAAAAUGGAAAUUGAACAAUCAUCAGUUGCAAUAUUUUCCCACCUCUUACAAUCUGUCAAUUUAAUGCUGAAUUCAAGCUCAAUUGAAAUAUGAAAAGGGGUUAUUUUCACUACUUGCCUUUUCUUCAUUUCUCAACUUAUUUUUUGGAUUAUAAAUUUACUUAGACUUUCAUUCUAUAUUGUUUGAAAUUGUGUAAAAUUUCUGCACAUCAAUUAAUUUUUUUCCUUUUGGAAUUACAGUGAUCCUUGAAUAUAUAUGGUAUAAUUAGGAAUAUGCUUUUCAUGGAGCCUGCAUUUACAUUUCAACCAUAGAUUAAAUGACAAUGUGUGAUCAUAAACACACAACUCUUUUUGAUAUUGUGGGAGAAAAUGGAGGACUCCAAAGACACUGGAAACCUGGAGAAAGUGCAGAGCUGGAGCUGCAUCUGAAUUAUUUUCUACUAAUUUAACUGAUUUAACCUUUGUCAGGGCAACAGCUGCCCCACUGGCUUAUGUUUUAUCUAAAUCUAAUGUAGGUUACCCUCAUUUUGGAAACUAUAUUAAUUUGCAAUGAAGUUCAUUAAAGUACAGAUUUUAACAA